UCCGAUCCCAGAUCUGUAAAAUGGAACAGACACGAGCGGACACGUACAUCGUCAGGCGUCCUCAACUUCUCAUGCCAACCUCCUUGACACGCGUCACAAACCCAGUAAACACGCCACCACCUCCCUAUAAAUAUCUCUGAAAAUCCUCCCCAGAUCAACAAGCCUGCAAGCCUUUGAAGUCUCUCUUGGAUUCGAUCAAAAAUCUUGUUUUUUGUUGGCUUGCGUUUGAAAAAUGGCCGAAGAAAGUUUCAUGGAUAAGGCCAAGAACUUCGUGGCAGAAAAGAUAGGAAACAUGGCGAAGCCAGAAGCAGAAGUCACAGAUGUUGAUUUCAAGAAGGUGAGCUUGAGCUCUGUGGAGUACCUUGCCAAGGUAUCAGUGACCAAUCCCUACAGCCACUCCAUCCCCAUCUGUGAUAUCAAAUACACCCUCAAAAGCGUUAACAGGGAGAUUGCAUCCGGGACUAUACCGGACCCUGGAUCCAUAAGGGCAAGUGAUGUAACUGUGCUGGAGGUGCUAUUGAAGGUUCCACACAGCAUAUUGUUGACAUUGGUAAAGGAUCUGGGUGCAGACUGGGACUUCGACUAUGAAUUGGACAUAGGCCUCAUCAUUGACCUACCCGUCAUCGGCAACUUUACCAUACCACUCAACAAGAAGGGAGAGUUCAAGCUUCCCUCCCUCUUUUAAUCAUCAUGUCUCUUGGGAUUCAAUUAUUUUGCUACUAUUUUAUGUUAUGUUAUCUUACGUUUGUUGUUCUUUAAUCAUGGAAUGGAUGAGGAUUUGCGUGGUGCUAGUCAUGUUUUCAUCCAAUUGAGGGAGAAUAAAGUAACCUUCGUAACAACCACAACUCACAUUUUUCUUUGGCCAAAUUGCACUCUAGUUUACUUCUUUAAGCAAA